CAGAGAAGCAAAGUAAAAACCCAAGAAAAUUUCCACCGUUCCCCACUUUCACGUGAGUGCUACAAGCCAGCUGCUCCGCACUACCACUAGGCACUAGCCAUCCAUUAGCAUUUAGCACACUACCACCACCACCACCACUCUUUAACCUUACUCUUCUUUACACUCUUCAUUCAUACAUAGGUCACUCUUUUUCUACUACUGCUUCAAAUCAAACCAUGUUUCUCUUUUCACACCCACCUCCAAAACCUCAAAAACAAACACACCUUCAAUCACACACAAUAGUAGUAGUAGUAACAAACACACACAAACACUAAAAAUGAAUAGUUUAAUAACACUCUUCUAUCUCUUCUUUUACUUCACAUUUUCUUCCUCUACAAACUCCACCCUCCAUCAAGACGCAGUAUCCCUACUAUCCUUCAAACAAAACGCAGACCAAAACAACAAACUCCUCUACACAUUAAACGAACCUUAUGACUACUGUGAAUGGCAAGGAGUUAAAUGCGCACAAGGCAGAGUAGUGCGCUAUGUUGUUCAAGGCUUAAACCUUCACGGUUUUUUCUCUCCAAAUACUCUAACCCAACUCGACCAACUCCGAGUCAUGAGUCUUCGUAAUAAUUCAUUAUUCGGACCCAUUCCGGAUCUAUCACCACUCAUUAACCUCAAAUCACUUUUUCUCGACCAUAAUAAUUUCUCCGCUUCAUUUCCUCCUUCUAUUGUUUUCCUUCACAGGCUUACUACUCUUUCACUCUCUCAUAAUAACUUCACCGGUUUACUUCCGGUUCAAUUAACUCUCCUUGACCGUCUCAUUAUACUUCGGCUUGACUCAAACUCAUUCACCGGUUCUCUUCCACCUCUCAACCAAACCGAUUUAAAAAUAUUUAACAUCUCUGCCAAUAAUUUCACCGGUCCAGUUCCUGUAACAGAAACUCUUUCCCGGUUUAAACCGGCUUUGUUUUCAGCAAACCCGGGUCUCUGCGGUGAGAUUAUUCACAAACAAUGUGCUCAUCGUUCUAGAUUCUUCGGUUCUUCAAACGCCACUGCACCGUUGAGUCAAAGCGAGGAAUCACAAGGAAUCGUGGUGGUUCCAUCUACUUCAAAGAACAAGAAGAAUCAUAAGAAAACCGGUUUGAUUCUCGGUUUCACCGUCACUGUUGCGAUUAUCGCUGUUUUUUCAGUUAUUGUAAUUGCAUUGAUCAAAAAGCAGAACACCGGAGGAAAAUCCAAGUCGCCGGAAACGGAAACGGAAACUCCACCGGCGGCGGUAAUGGAAGUGAGAACUGUAGUUGAAACGGAUACGAAGGUGAAGAAGAUGGAGGAAGCUCACCGGAGUGGGAAGUUAGUGUUCUGCUGUGGGGAGGUGCAGGAUUAUACGCUGGAGCAGCUGAUGAGAGCUUCGGCGGAGCUUUUGGGAAGAGGGAGUGUGGGGACCACUUAUAAGGCGGUGAUGGAUUCGCAGUUGAUAUUGACUGUGAAGAGAUUGGACGCCGGAAAAACCGGUGUGACGAGUGGGGAGGUUUUUCAGAAGCAUAUGGAGAUUGUUGGUAGACUUCGUCAUCCUAAUUUGGUUACUUUGAAGGCUUUUUUUCAAGCUAAAGGAGAGAGGCUUGUUAUCUAUGAUUAUCAACCUAAUGGAAGUCUCUUCAAUCUGAUUCAUGGUUCAAGAUCGGCGAGAGCGAAGCCACUGCAUUGGACAUCAUGCUUAAAAAUAGCAGAAGAUGUAGCUCAUGGACUUGCUUAUAUACAUCAAGUUUCGUCUUUGAUUCAUGGCAACCUAAAAUCCUCUAAUGUCCUUCUUGGAGGUGACUUUGAAGCUUGUGUAACCGACUACUGUUUGGCCGUCCUUACAGAUUCUUCAUUUACAGAAGAUCCUGAUGUUGUAGCCUAUAAAGCACCAGAGGUUCGAAAAUCUAACCGUAGGGCGACUUCAAAGUCUGAUGUGUAUGCUUUUGGUGUGUUGCUGUUGGAGCUUUUGACAGGUAAACAUCCUUCCAAACACCCUUUCCUUGCGCCAACGGAUUUGCAAGAUUGGGUUAAAGCAAUGAGGGACGAUGAUUUUAGCGAAGAUAACCGGCUAGAAAUGCUCACCGAGGUUGCCAGUAUUUGCAGUGCAACUUCCCCCGAGCAGAGGCCAGCUAUGUGGCAAGUUCUUAAGAUGAUACAAGGAAUAAAAGAUAGUGUUUCAAUGGAGGACAUUGCACCCACUGGACUUUCAUAGUUUGUAUGCAGUGAAAUCAAUCAAUCACAGCAAGUACUGGCAACUCCUCUUAUUGAAGAUUAAAGAAAAUUGGUCUUGGGGGAGUGACCUUGCAUGGCAAGUUUAAGAUUAAACAUCAUUUUUUGAGGGAUCCUCACAAGUUAUGCAGUAAAACACGAGGAAUCAUUUAUCGUUUUAAUGUCUGCUGUGCCUUUUUGGUGGUUUUUUCUUAUAAGAAAAGGGGGCUAAGUCUCAACAACAAAAGCGAUUAGUGGGAUGUUAUACUAGUUCUAUAACCUGAGAAAAUGAAAUCUAUAUCAAUGUAUUCAGCUUAAUUCAAAUUUUCCUCAGUUUAAAUCUGACAA